UACUUCAUCACAUCCUAGCAAUUCAAUUCAAGCUCGCCUAUGGAGUUCACCGACAUCGGAAAAUGUCUUUGUUUGGCCUUGAUCCUUAUGAUGUUUGGAGCUUGGUCCUCAGAAGCCACUUCUCGCACUCUCCAAGAUGCGUCAAUGUAUGGGAGAUACGAGCAAUGGAUGGCUCGUUAUGGACGUGCCUACAAUGACAUUAACGAGAAGGAGAAGCGCUUCCAGAUAUUCAAGGAAAAUGUAGCAUAUGUAGAAUCAUCCAACAAUGAUGCAAGCAAACCUUACAGAUUGAGUGUCAAUCAAUUUGCAGACCUCACAAAUGAAGAAUUCACUGUCAUGAAAAAUCGGUUCAAAGGCCAUGAGUGUUCCACAAAGAUCACUUCUUUCAGGUAUGAAAACGUUACCGUGCCGGCAACUGUGGAUUGGAGACAAAAGGGAGCUGUAACCCCAGUCAAGGACCAAGGUCAAUGUGGAUGUUGUUGGGCAUUCUCAGCUGUUGCAGCCAUGGAAGGAAUCACUCAACUUACAACAGGUAAACUGAUCUCUUUGUCCGAGCAAGAGCUGGUAGAUUGUGAUGUGAAUGGUGAAGACCAGGGUUGUGAGGGUGGCUUGAUGGACAAUGCCUUCGACUUUAUCAAUCAGAAUCAUGGACUUAGCACUGAGGCUAAUUACCCCUACACCGGUGUCGAUGGUUCAUGCAAUGCACAUAAGGAAGCAAGCCAUGCAGCCUCAAUAACCGGCCACGAAGAUGUGCCUGCAAAUAGCGAAAGUGCCCUUCUUAAUGCUGUUGCUAAUCAACCAAUUUCUGUUGCCAUUGAUGCUAGUGGAUCUGAUUUCCAGUUCUAUUCAAGUGGUGUUUUUACAGGCACUUGUGGAACGAGCCUAGAUCAUGGUGUUACUGCUGUUGGUUAUGGCUUUACAGAUGAUGGGACUAAGUAUUGGUUGGUUAAGAACUCAUGGGGCGCACAAUGGGGUGAAGAAGGGUACAUAAGAAUGCAAAGAGAUGUUGAUGCACCAGAAGGUCUUUGCGGCAUUGCUAUGGCAGCCUCUUACCCCACUGCAUAAUUCAUCUAUUGCGAAUCAAUCCCUAGUUAAUGCAUCCUUCCUAGCAAUGUUCAUAUUAUGAUAUGUACAUGAACUUGUGCUUCAGAAUACUUAACUAGAAGAUCUUAUCAAUAUAAGAAUGAUCGAAGAAGCUCUCCUUCUGCCUA